UCUGAUUCCCUGAUGGCGUUCCUGAUGAAGAAAAAGAAGUUUAAGUUCUUGGUGAGCCUGACCCUGGAGGAGCUGUCAGCUGUGCCCUUCGUUAAUGGGAUCCUCUUCUGUAAAAUCCGCCUCCUACACGGGGGGUCGUUCAGUGACCUCUCCAGCAGGGAAGAAGUGCAGCAGAACUGUGUCCGAUGGAGGAAGACAUCCAGGUUCAUGUGCAAGAUGAGCGCGAGCCCCGUGACGGGGGUGCUGGCUCCGUGUACCUGCCGAAUAUCCAUCCGCAAGCUGGGUUUUGUGGAUCUGAAUUUGGCGGAAUUUGCUGGGUCAGGAAUGACUUCCCGCUGCUACAUCCUGGAGGGCUACGACACUAAGAACACACGGCAGGAUAACUCCAUCCUAAAGAUCUCCAUCAGCCUGCAGUUGUUGUUGGGAGACCCUUGCUUUAAGACGCCGUCACCGCACACCGCACUCACCACCAUCGCGGCCAGCGAGGACCCCCUCCAGCCGGGAUGCAAAGGAGACGCUGCUACAGACGGAGAAAGCCUGAGACCGCACCGGCCCAACACGCUGAGGCUGCCCAAGUGUCGGUCAUUAAUCAUAGCCUCAGGUGUUGGCGAGGAGGCAGACAGCGCGAUCAGCACCCCAGACAGCUCUGCCAGUGUGUGCCAGCCUCUCAGCUCACCCUCCAGCAUCAACAGUCAGCACUCCAAGGCUUCCGGUUACAGCAUGGAGCACUCCCAGGGUGUCAGCCUCUCGGAGCCCACCAGGAGGCGCAAACUGUCGUCCGUCAGUAGUGGCUUCUCCUCGGGGCCCAGCAGCGCGGCCGACAUCGAGGGUGUAGCAAGGGACCUGAGCUUCGAGAAGCCCCCUCUCCCCAUCUGGCCAUCCGAGCGACACAGCAGGCGGAGGAAUCAGGCUCCUGAGAACUAUCCAUCAUGGGUCAAUGACACCAGGGUCAAUGCCGAUGACAUUGUGGAGAGUAUUAUCCAGACUCAGGACUUUACCGACUGCAGUGAUUCCGAAGAGAGCGGAUUACAGCUGUUUGUGGCCCGUGAUGGCUCUACGUUAGUCGGCGGGUGUCAGCUCACCAACAGGCAGGCCGUGAAUGACUACAUACCAGUGGUGAUUGGGAGUCGCUGAGGUGACGGCUCAGUGUGGGAUUGGACUGUGCGCUGGGCUCCACCAGAAUCUCCAGCCAGCUGCUGCCCUCUAAUGGCAGGAUAGUAGAACAGUGGAUGGGUGACAGGCUUGGUACCGGCAAGGACUGCUGGAUGACCCGGGGUGGAUGGGAGUGUCGGCGGUGGGGGUAAAGCGUAGGGAAGAUCCGCUCAACCCCACCCCAACCCCCACCUUGAGGUGAAGAAAUAGUUUGUUCUGAGACCCUUUCAGAGACAAGGUUGGGCCCAGGGAAAUAAAAGGAUUCUUAUUGACUGGUGAAGGCUCCAGUUCUCCCUGUCACCUCCCCACCCCUAUCCCACACGCAUUCUCCUGUGAUGGGGUUAGGGUUAGGGUCCACCUGUCCACCCAGCUUUCCCAAUUGAAACUCCCCUUCCCGACUCGCUCUGGACCAUGUGGCAAAAUGCUGAGCUGGUGGCAUUGGGCACCAUGUCUUAGACAGUUGCCCCUUCUGUGUGCUGGCACCUCUUGCUGGCAUGUGAAAGUGGGGCAGGUGUUGGUGGGCUCCAGUGGAGAAAUGCCCAGUUUGACCAUGGCAGGACCAGUGACUUCAGGAGAUAUGGAGAUGUGUCUGUGUGUGUGAGAGCAUGUGUAUGUCUGUAUGUGUCUGUGAGCACAAGUGUAAUUGUGCACGAGUAUGUGUGUGCAUGCAUGUGCACGUGUGUGUGUGCGUGUUUGAGCACGUGCGUGUGCCUGUGAGCACGUGUAUAAUUGUGCGAGCGUAUGUGUGUGCAUGCGCGUGCGUGUCUGUGAGCACGCGUAUAAUUGUGCACGAGUAUGUGUGUGCCUGACACAGCCUUCUCUCUCCGGGUACGUCACACUGGGCUCCCUGGGUUUGCUGCUGUGGGCAUCAGUGCCCACAGGAAGCGAGAAGGAGGCCAUUCAUUCCCUCAUACAUGUGCCAGCUCUUUGCUAGAGCUAUGCUCGCAAUCUCACCGGCCUCCCUGGAUCUUGGUCCCUGCAAGUCGUUUCCUCCCCCUCAAAAUAUCUAUCCACAUCUGCCAGUCUUUCAGAGAACCAAAGUGUCACCCGCAUGAGAGGGGGAGUUGAAGUUAUACCGAACGCCCCUAUCCUUCACAAUCCUUUCUUAAAAUUACAUUACACAUUGCUGGUGGGUUGAAGCUGUUUGUCUUAUGUUCUUCAGGAAGAAAGCAAGAAAACAAAAUAACAGCUUUAGCGGUGACAUGCCUGGUUUCAGAAUAUCGCCAGGCGAGGGUGGGGAGAGGGGUUUGAAUCAGUGCCUGCUUCCCCCAGCUCAUUUCACCACAACAAAUAUAUUUAACGACGUUUAGCGAACAGCCAUAUCACAGUCCUUGGGUGUUAAAGAAUCUAAGAUUGAUCAUCCAGACUUUACCAGCAAUCGAGACACAGUUAACACUAAAGAGAUAGGCCAUUCGGCCCCUUGAGCCUGCUCCACCAUUCAAUAUGAUCACAGCUGAUCAUCCAACUCAGUCCCCUUUCCCUGCUUUCUCCCCCACACCCUUUAGCCCCAAGUUCUACAUCCAACUCCUUCUUGAAGUCAUACCUUCAGUCUUCUGUAGCACAGAAUUCCACAGGCUCACCUACCAUCUGGGUGAAGACAUUUCUCCUCAUCUCAGUCCUAAAACAGUUAGUUUCUGCCACGUUUCCUUGUCAAGCCAUAUUUCAACGGAUCAGGAUCCUCUUCCCAAGCUGCAAGAGACCUUGUUUCCUUGUGAAGUCUUUUUCUCCCCCUCUCUCAUGUCUCAGUCCUCAUGAGUGUAAGACAGAAAACUUUGACUUCUCGUCUCUGUUUUUGGCUGGUGUUCUGUACCGUCCCAGAAAAGUAAUUAAUUGGAAGCCACAACUGGAGCUGGUUCGAAACGGAUAAGGGAGCGGCAUUGCUUUUAAUCUGCGUCCAACCCUCUGACAAGUAACGGCCUGGUUUCUGGGCACAGGAGAUGGGCAUCACCGUGGAGGAACACACACACUCUGCAGGGCCAUCUGCCAGAGAUAGAGGAUGUUCCUUAAAAGGCAGAAUUGAAGUACCUUUAUGGUGGAACCGAUGCACAACAAUCUAAUAGGAGGACUGUAAACUGACAUUUGUACUCUGUGUGGCCAGGGUUGCAAAUAUUUAAAUGUUGGAAAUCUUAAUAUAUUUUGAUACUCAACGGUA